AAAACAAAACAGAAUCUCAAAAAAAAAAAAACCAAACUCUCUCUCGAUGUCUGAUCCAGAGAUAAACUUCUGGGGAGACACACCAGAACAAGACUACUUCAAACUCAAAGGCAUCACCGGCUCCAAAUCCCACUUCACAUCCCCUCGUGGUCUCAACCUCUUCACCCGCUCAUGGCUCCCCUCUUCUCCUCCACGUGGCCUCAUCCUAAUGGUCCACGGCUACGGCAACGACAUCAGCUGGACAUUCCAGUCCACAUCAAUCUUCCUCGCUCAAAACGGCUUCGCCUGCUUCGCUCUCGACAUCGAAGGCCACGGCAGAUCCGAAGGCGUACGCGCCUACGUCCCCUCCGUUGAUGACGUCAUCAACGACGUCAUCUCAUUCUUCGACACGAUCAAGAAACAACCAAAGUACCAAACUCUCCCGCGGUUUCUCUUCGGAGAAUCAAUGGGAGGAGCGAUCUCUCUCCUCAUCCACUUUUCUGAUCCGUUAGGGUUCCACGGAGCGGUUCUCGUCGCUCCGAUGUGUAAAAUCUCCGACAAGGUGAGACCAAAGUGGCCGAUCGAUCAGUUCCUCAUAACGAUCUCGAGAUUCGUUCCGACAUGGGCCAUUGUUCCGACAGAGGAUCUGUUGGAGAAGUGUAUCAAAGUCGAGGAGAAGAAACCGGUAGCGAAGAGGAAUCCGAUGAGGUAUAGUGGGAAGCCGAGGCUGGGGACGGUGAUGGAGCUGCUUAGGGUUACGGAUUACUUGGGGAAGAAGCUAAAAGAUGUGAGUGUUCCUUUUAUUGUGUUGCACGGAAGUGCGGAUGUUGUGACGGAUCCUGAGGUGAGUAGGGAGUUGUAUGAGAGUGCUGAGAGUGGAGAUAAGACGUUGAAGAUUUAUGAUGGGAUGAUGCAUUCGAUGUUGUUUGGUGAGACUGAUGAGAAUGUUGAGAUUGUUCGUAAGGAUAUUGUUGGUUGGUUGAAUGAUAGGUGUGGUGGUGACAGAACCUAGGGUUUGGAUUCUCUGUUUUGUUUUGAUGAUUUAAUGUUGUGUAUAGUAUUCAUGUUUUAUCAAGAAACAAUGUAUUUGGGGUUUAAGUGGCUAGAUAUUGAUAUGUAUAUCAAUCACAUUGUUCUUGCAUAUUUUUCUUGAUAAUGGUCAAUUUUAAGCUCAGUUUCUUUAGUUGAAUAGUUUUCUACUGUAUUUUUCUUGCCAACAGCUCAUGGGGCUAUUGAAUUGAUUUUGAAGUUUGUUUGGUGUUUUGAUUAAAUAACCACAAAAGUUGCUUCUUUGGAUG